AUGCGUGUGUCUACCCUCGCCCUCCCCAUCGCCGCCGCGGCAUCCGUUAGCGCCGCCGGUCACCGCAACCUCCGCCGUGCUGCCCACCAUGAGCUUGUUGCGCGCAAUGUUACCGAACGUGCCGUCGAGGAGCGCUCGGUUGAGAAGCGCGCCUCGUACACCAACGCGCGUUUGACCUACUACGAUAUCACCGUCGGCGAGACGUCCUGCGAGGGAUUCUAUUCGGCCAGCGACUACGUCGUCGCUCUCGAUGCCGACCUGUACGGCACGUACUGGAAGAGCCCCCACUGCGGUGCUAGCAUCACGAUUGAGUACGGAGGCAAGACGGCUACUGCCACAAUCGUCGACGAGUGCCCUGGCUGCCCUGUCGGUGGUCUCGACCUGACCCAGGGCUUGUUCGAGCACUUCGCGGACGCCGGCACCGGUGUUAUCUACGCUACCUGGUACUUCAACGACGGCUCGUCCUCGGGCGACGACAGCGGCAGCGACACCAAGACGACGACGACGAAGAAGGCGGACCCGACGACGACAUCGAAGAAGCACACCACCAGCACGACCCCGGCGUACACUCCUCCGGCCGAGACUACGACCAGCAAGAAGCACACUACGAGCUCUACUCCGGCAUACACCCCGCCUGCUACUACCAGCACGAGCCACACGACCAGCACCAAGCCCACGAGCACGAGCCACAGCACAAGCUCGACGCCCACUACCACCAGCACCAAGGCGACGCCCACCACGACGUCGAGUGCUGCGCCGACCAGCUCCGCUGUUGCCACCGCCUCCCUCGUCGGCGCCGGUGCCUCGCUUGCUGGUACCGAUGGUUCCCUCGAGGUGACCAGCAGCAACCCCCAGAUCCUCAACCAAGUCAACUACGCGCUGUACGGCCUCGGCAGCCUGGUCAUGGCCGCGUAG